UUGUUUUGCCUUUAACAUUUUUUUCAAUGACCACAGCUCAAAACGUUCAAGAUCUUAUCUACAACUUUUACAAUAAUAUUCCGAAUGUUUUUCACGAAAGCAUUAAAGAACCUCCUAAUAAUUCUCUAAGUGACACUUUGAUUGAAUUCCUUUUAAAAGUAUUAAUAAUUCCUGCUACUAUUCACAAUUUCUUUUGUAAUUUAAUCCGAAAUGUUUUUUUUUCGAUCUUUUUUAUCCCAUAUUAUUUUGCAAAGCCAAUAAUAGGAUUUUUGGUUUUAAUUCAGGUUUUAUUUGGACAAGCUUUCGAAGCCUUGGGAACACUCGUUAUUGACACCGGAACUGGAAUAAGAAACACUGGGCAACAUAUAAGUAAAAUGGAAUAUUGUUUACCUAAAUAAUGAAAAGUCGAUUUUAUCAAUAA